CGUUAUCAAACUGACCCUCCACGUGGUAUGUAUUGACACAGAUGAAGAGCGGGACAACUUCUGAUAAGGGACUGCUUUAAAUGUGGACCCUGAGAAGAAAUUCUCAUUUUCUCAUCAACAGAAUAACCUUCAGUAAUUAAAUAUGAAUCUGCAGUUUGUUACCUUGGCUGUGGUCUUUGCUACCUCAACAGCAUUUCCAGUCAAUGACGAGAUCAGUCGAGAAGCAUGGAGUUUACAGAAAGACAAUCAGGCUACUGACAAGAACAUUUUCGCCAAAGAGUCAAAUGGUAUGUGGAAGAACCAUGUGGUGAGCAGUGACCUUUACUCAGAAGACUCUUACAACCCCAUGGCAGCCGAACUGAGACGAAAGUUGAGCAUGGAGUCUGAGCGCCUGAGGGUUCGUCUGAAGCAGGAGCUUGCUGAGCUGAGGGAGAGGUUAUCUCCUUACCCCAGCCACCCAAAACACACCAUGGCCAAUAUCAAGGAGUUCCUCGCUCCCUUCACUAGGCAGCUCCAGACGGCUCUCCAGUCCAACACUCAGGAACUCUGCGAGAAACUCAAUAUGAACCUCCAGGACCUGAACCCAGAGGAAGCCACACUCUACCAGGAGGCAGUGCAGAGGAUCACGCUAGCUCUGGAUGAAAGCCACCAGAAAAGGACAGCAGCCUUUGAGGACUUUAAAACCAAAGCAUUUGAGGCCGUAGAGGAAGAACGAGACAGCAGCGGAAAAGAGCUUUGGGAGGAAGUCACUGCCAGGCUGGGACAGGAAGUGUGUACCUUCAGUUUAGAGGUACAAGGCAAGGUGGCGGCACUCAAGAUAGCUUUGGCAGGCCAUCUCGCCUCGGCUCAGCCUCCAAGGGAUGUGAUGAAUUCAAAAGUUGAUCAGUUCUGCCAGAAUUCCUCAGCUCGUAAUCAACAGUUUAUUUCUAACUUAGACCAACAGAUGAUCGCUCUACAAGAAAACCAGGGCCAUGGUGAGUCAGCUGGCUUCCAUCAGACAAACAUAGAGUCCAUACAGGAAGAUUUCUCAACCAGACUCACAGCCCUAUUACAAGACAUCGUACACACUCUAAAUUAAACGACACACCUCCAGUCCAGUCAGAAAUGUACUGUAAAUAACAGCUCUUAUUUUCAGAUUGUAUAUUGAGACCUGUAACUUUUUUUGUAGAACAAUAUUGUUGUUUUGUACAGUUUUCAGAAAGAACCUUUAUAAAAUACAACGAAAUCCAGUGAAAGACAGAAAAGCUUUCUUCCUUUUACUGAAGAUAUUUUGUGCAAUGUGUGGAUUAUGUUUCAUAAACAUGUAAAUAAACUGUUCAAUUUGUACAUAUGUGAACUUAA